AUGUUGCCAGAGAAGACGCUGACCUUCAAAGACGAUGACUGCGCAGGAGGGGAAGCAGACACAAGUGAGAUUGAAGUUGACAGUCUCCUGCCAGCUCAUGGUGACGUCUCUUUCGAAGAAUACGUUGCUACUGAUAGUGCUGUAGAAACGUGCAGUGCGUUGACGGACGCUGAGAUCAUCAAGAUGGUUCGGCCUAGCGAGGAUAGUCAUGAAAUUGAGGUAGACGACAACGAAGUUGAAAGUGAGCCACAACCGCGAGCUGCUGAUGAAACUGCGGGCCUUGACCUCGCGCAGCGGUUUUUUGCUGCUGACAGCAUCGCAGAGGAAGCUUUUAGGCACAUAUACAGACUGCAAGAGUUCUUUCUGCUGCAAGAUUUAGCAGGCAAAGACUUGCAACAGCCCCGCAUGUGCAAAAAGGUGGACCUGGCAUCGGGCAAGGGCACGCAGUGCGACAAAAUGGUGGCGAAGUACGACUUCACAUACAUCUCGUCGGGUGACCUGCUGCGGGCUGAAGUGGCGUCUGGCAGUGACCAGGGCAAGCAAAUCAACGACAUUAUGAAGCAGGGAGAGCUUGAACCACUUGAUAUGAUCAUUCAACUGAUAAAGGAAACAAUCAAGAAAGACUUACUGACAGCCAAGGGAUUCCUCCUUGAUGGUUAUCCCAGGAAUGUCGAGCAAGGGGAGCGCUUCGAAUCUGACGUGUGCAAGUGCACGAACCUGAUCUACUUCGAGGUGUCAGACGAUACGAUGAAGGCCCGGCUUCUGAAGCAUGGCCAGACGAGCGGCCGUGUGGACGACAAUGAGGACACCAUCGUCAAGUGCAUCAAGACCUUCCAUGACGAGUCAGAGCCUGUGCUUCAAAAGUACAAUUCUAUCGUUCACAAGAUCUCAGCUGAGGACGACCCGGACAAAGUGUUCGCAUUGGUCACGGCUGUCAUGGACGACAUUAUUAGACCUGAACAGUCAAGCAAUUAAAGAUUAA